AUGGCUGGCAAGUUCCUAGGCCAGCAGUUCUACGACAGAAUCGUCGCCAACAUGAAAGAUGACCUGUUCACCAAAAUCAGCAUGGACUACAUCCACGAAGUCUGCUUCAGUGCCUACGCACGACCGGAUCUCGAGUUUCGGGAGCGGUCACUGCUGAAUCUCGGCAUGCUGAUUGCGUUGGGUCGAGGGCCGGAGCUUCGCAUCCACAUCCGGGCAGCUGCGAACAAUGGCUUCACCGAGGAACAGAUCGCAGAAGCUUGUCGGCAUGCGAUGAUUUAUUGCGGCGUACCAGCGGGACGAGACGCCCUGAUAAUUGCGAGCGAGGUAUUUGAGCAGCUGAGGCAGGCCGGCGAGUAUCCGAAGAAGUAA